AUGGCAGUAUCAGAGUCAAUCUCCGAGACGGAAGUCCAAACGAACUUCGCCAGAUUCCCAAAGCUACCAUUGGAGCUUCGAGAGGAAAUCUUUAGCUACCAGCUUCCUGGCCCGAGAGUGGUGGAGAUCGUCGAGAGAAAUAUCCCAGCUAGCACGACCCAGCCCGUAGAAAAUCACUUGGAUCUUCUCCGAUCGUCCAUUGGGAGUUUCAAUACACCACCAAUUCUCUUGUCGAUCAGUAAAGAGUCCCGAGCUCUAUUUAAGAGAAAGUAUCGACUAGCAUUUGAGCAUAUUCUUGUUCAUCCAGUAUAUAUCAACUUUAAGAUCGAUGUUGUAGCUUGUACCAGCACCACGGUCUGGACGACAUUCAUGACUAUGGCUCUGUCGACCGGACAGUCACAGAUCGAGUUCGAUCCAAUUACAACUCUCGCACUACCUGCCCCAACUACGACUUAUGACUCUCGGGCCCUGGUUGGCUUGGCUCUACAAGCAGCAAUGGACUUCCCCGGACUGAAGAAGCUGAUGAUGAUUGAGCCACGUAUGUAUUGGGCCCAACUUACCCAAUCACCGGUCGUCGCCCUCCACCAGGAGGAGUUGAGCGACCUCAUUACUCUUCAUCUGCAGAUUUCAUUCCGUGGAGUAGACCGUGGAGAGCAUUGGAAAGCGUGUGAGGUAGAGAUCUUAACGGAAUGUGCAUUGAGAUCGAGAUACCCGGAUGUUUGA